AUGGAGGUGGAGCGAAAUCGUGGAGAACUCAUGGCGGAUCUCAAGAGAGAAUUGAGCUGCCUAUAUCCUCCGCCGCAGCAACACACGUCGCAUCGAGGCCAAUAUGACAAAGUCUUAGGUGGCUGUUCGCGGAUUCCACCCCAACUCUUCCGAUAUUAUCUGGAUCCAGAAAUCUUGGUUUUGUUUUUGAUUGAUCCUACAGUGAUCUUUUGUCCAAAUGACGGCGCUAGAAGAGCGCAAGAUGCCAUUGAAGAGCUGAAGUUUGCUCUAACGGAAAUAGUCGGGGCUAAGUAUUUAGCAGUGAUAUUUACAAAUCGCGACCAAACACGCGGCGAUGAUCCUCGAGUCGAGCUUCAAAUUUCAUUGGUGAAGCAGGUCCUCGCCGAGCAUAGGACCAAGGUGCCAUAUCCAUGCGAGCUUUAUGAUGACCUAGAGCAACUUAGCGCAGCUACAGGCGCGCAGACAGAUAUUUUGCUAACAAGGCUUGCCCGCGUCGCCAAAAUGGAGGAGAAGGCGAUGAGAGAUUUCCUGAUGAAAAAGACAGCCCCGUCUCCUUCACCCAAGCCAAACCUACCCAAGCUCUCAAGAGAGGAGCUGUUGGUGAAGAUAGAUAGCGGCUCCAAAGAUGCGGAUAACUUGCUAGGUCCAGAUGAAUUUAUGAGGCGGAUGGUUUCAGGGGAUUUAGAAAAAUGGGACCAUCAGUUCCAUUUGCGUGCUGGGUUUUUAACGCUUACAGAACGCAUUCUCAGGGAGAACGUUGUAUUCGACGCAGCUGACUUAUUUCUUGAGCGACUAGAUCUGAUGCUGAAGGCUGUGCCGGGAAAGUUUCAGAAUACUUCACAUCGGACGUUGACGAUAUUCUGGCUGCAUCAAAUCUAUCUUGCCAUGCUCUCUUUUCGCGAAAGAGCGGGAUCAUUCCCUGCCAGGGAGAAAUUCAAUGAAUUUCUCCUGGAGAACCCCGAUCUCAUGCAUGGCCGUUCAUGGGACUUGUAUUAUUCCAAGGAUGUUUUGUUCAGUCCGGCGGCGAAAGAUGGCUGGAAACUGCCUGACAUCCGACCCCUUCCGCGAUAUAUAUCGCGUCGAGUAGAGAGCCAACAACCCACUACUCCAAAUCACGAGAAGAACAAAGCCAUAUCCGUCCAAUACCAGACACGCCUAAACACCACAACCCCGGAGAUCCUCAAACGUUUCGCCUUCGCAACUCUCAAGGCGAUGAAAUUGACCAACCGCCGUCGAGCUGCCGUCAUUAACGAAACUAUGCCUGUUCUGCAGUCGCAAAUAAUACGUCUUCGAGCCGCGUUCUUAACAACCCCAUCACCAUCACGGUCUGCCAAUUCUACAAUAAACAUAGACCCUUAUUCCGUUACCCAAGCCUACUUCUGGAUCCAGAUGCUACACGCAGCCAUAGAGUCCGUCCCUGCCAGCUCAGGGCUUGACAUCCGAAACAUAACCUUCGAAAGCUUCCGCGUCCUCUUCCCCGAACUCCUUGCGGAAGAUGAUAUUUGGAAGCAGUACUAUACCGAAGAACGAUGGACCAGCAUCAAGGGGCGUACGUGCACGGUAUUACCCGACUUAAAACCGCUCCCGAACGUGUUGCAAGCCCCUUCGCAAUCCCAUGUUCGGCAGGCUGUAGCUUCGACGCUCGACGAGAAUGUGGAGGAGCUGUUUCUCGAAGUGCGCUGGGCAGUGAGGGAAGCGCGCGAGUGUGGGAGCAGUUAUUCUGCAAUUCCCAGCACGCAUGCCAUGCUCAUUUAUCGCAUCUUUACCCGAAUGUUGGACAGAAGAACUAUAUCGCUAUCCAGCGCGGCGUGGGAUGCAGUGUCGUUCCUCCACCACCAACAACAACAGCCAAAGCAAGCCAAAUCACAAGAAUAUGAAAAAGAACACCAUCACCAUCACUAUGACCACCCGCCCUCUCCACAAAACUUCACGGCAGCAGUCUUCUGGUCCAAUAUAGUUCUGCGUGCAUUUUUCGAGACCGAUAACUCAUCCCCCUUCCAUUCAAGAUACAUCAGUUCUGCUUCUGCCACUCACCAUACGACAUCUUCUCAGCAGGUAACGUUGCGGGCGCAAUUCUUCGAGGAGUUCCUCCAAGCCAAUCCGGAGUUGUGCUGGGAGGGUUUGUGGCGCUUGUAUUAUUCGGAUGAGUUGUGGAGGAGCGAGGAUGCCAGAACUAUGUAUGUAGUGCCGGACCGGAGGGGGAUUCCUGCAUUUGUGGAGAAUGGAACUGGGGGUGGAACGAUGGAGAAGGAGGUAGAGGUAGAAUUGGAAGCAGAGAAGGAGAAGGAAGAGAAUGUGGUGUUGGAAGGCGGAUGGGAGGUUGUGGGUGAAUAA